AUGAGCAAGAAGUUUACUAUCCCGCUUGAGCCUGUCAUCAAGGACAUGGGAGGAGUUUAUGACUUCUACUUUGAUCAGAACUUGUUCAUAGAGACAGAGAUCAAUAAGUUUAUAAAGGAGUAUGAGGGCAAGCGUGGAGAUAGAGAUAUUCAUGCGCUGCAGGUACAGACGAUCAAUGCAAAUGCAACAAUGCAUAAUAUAAAGUCUGGUAUUCAAUGUGCCGAUCAGAGACUGGACAAGAUAAACAGUUCACUACGUGAGCUCAACAAUAAGAUGCAGACACAGCUGCUCAAGGAGGAUGUGUAUCAAUCACAACGCGACUCUGAUCGCGUCGUCAAACAAGAGAGUCAAGACUUUGAGCGCAGUCAAAUCGAAGAGCAACUGUCUGCCAAGCGCGCAGUCAUUGAUCGCGAGCAUACCGAUACAACACACGCACUCAGAGACAAGUACCAGAUUGUAUUAUAA